AUGGCCGAAAUCCACAUCGGUAACAUCACCGGGGGCGAUACGCGCCCGGUGAUUGCUCUUGUGGACACCGGCGCCACCGAAUCCGCCUUUCCUGCGGACCUGCUGGAGCAACUCCAUAUCCCGGCGACGGAACGACCGAUGGACUACGUCCUGGCCGAUGGAACCACUCUACGGUGUUCCCGCGGGCUCGCCCGGAUUUCCAUAACGGUUCGGUCCGGCGAGACCUUGAGCAGCAUCUGUCCGGUCGCUUUCUGGCCUGAUGAGAGUGGUCAAUGCGUCGGCGCAACCACGUUGCAGAUCCUGACGCUGGCAGUUGAUCCCGUCAACGAAGAAUUGGUACCCGUUUCAGCUCUCAGACGGGGCUGGCCUGGAGAUAUUCCGGUGCAGUGA